AUGCUCAUGCUACCGUACACUGGUACUGCAGAAUAUGAGGUCGUAGGACCUACAGCAACCGAAGAGUUUGAGGCACAGUACACCGACUGCCAUACGCAUGGCAGCAGCACGUGGGUCAUGAUUUUUACAACUGCUCAGCUUGCAUGGCUAAUCUUCGCAGUUACUGUGUCAACUCUGCAGGCGAUGAUGUCCAGAUCCUUGUCGAAGGUGCAGAGGCUACAGAAGGCGAGGACGAACAUGCCGAUGAAGGCGAAACCGAAGAGGGCGAUGCAAAUGAAGAAUUACAUUGCCACGAGCAUGCAGGUGUCCCGUGAGUAA